AUGGAUGAACAGAGGGAUCAUCCUGUUAUUGGAUUAAUUCAAUUUUUACCUCUCGAAGUUUGGUAUGAACAUAUUCUUACAUACUUUCCAUCGAAUUUACUUUUAUCCACUCGAUUGGUCAACCGAAACUUUUCGAAUAUCAUCCUUUCAUAUUUUAUCAAACUAAAAAAGGAGUUUAAUUAUUCUACCUUUCGUCUUUCUAAAAAACAAUUGAAGUAUUCACUCAAUUUUCUAUCUAGAUUUGAAAAUUUACAAAGUUUCUGUUUUGAAAAUCCCAUUAUGAUAAUUAAUGAUAAAAAUGAUGAACAAGCAAUGAAUAGUUUACUUUCGGAUUUGGUUUUUCUUGAACAUUUACAAGAAAUUGAUUUAACAAGUUGUAAUCAUGAUGGACAAUUUAUUGAAAAGUUGCUGGAAAGAAAUAAUUCCAAUAGAAUGAUUGAGAAUUUAACAAGUUUAUCUAUGAAUGUUGUUGAAAGUGAACAUUUCACACUCAUUUUGGAACAUUUCAUCAAUUUGAAGAGUUUGAAAAUAGAAAAUUUUGAAUAUUCUUCAUUUAAUAAUUCAAUAGCUAUUAAGUUGAAUGAUAAAUUGGAAGAAUUAUUUAUUCAUUCAGGUAUUACAGCCGAACAUUUAAAUCAAAUUAUGAAACAAGGAAGAAAUUUGAAAAAAUUAUUGAUUAAAAUGUCAGCAAUAGAAAUGGAAUAUCUUGAUGACUUGUCAGCAUUUGAAAAUUUGACAAGUUUAACAAUUGAAACCAACUGUGAUGUUUCCUAUGUUGAUAUUGAUCAAAUUAAUUCUGAACCUGAAUUUCAUGCCAACUAUUUCAGUUCAUUGAAAAAUCUUAGAAAUUUGACAGAAUUGGAACUUCCUUGGACAAUUUCAAAUGAAAAUUCAGAUUCAGUCAGAGAAUUCUGCCAUUUGUCUCAAUUAUCAUCUCUAAAAACUCUUUAUUUAACAAUAUUGCAGGGAAAUGAUAAUCAAAUUGAAAUGGAAAAGACUUUGGAAAAAAUUAUUGUAACUAUUAGUCAUUUAUAUAAUUUAACAGAUCUUUCUCUUGAUUUCUUGGAAAUAUUUACAGAUUUUGAAGAGAUUGAUCAAAAUGUACUUGAUAAUAUUCCUCAAUUGACCAAACUUGAAAAAUUUACCUUUGUAGGAAUACCCUAUCAAGAUGGAACACAUGUAAAGAAUCUGUGUGAUUAUUAUUGUGUUCCAACUUUGAAAUAUUUGUCCGUUUCCAUAAAAGAUGGAAUAAUUCCAAGUAGAAAUGACUUGAAAAGUGUUGAAAGCAUUGAAAUGGUUAUUGAGGAGGAAAAUGAUGUUUAUUAUCAAUUAUUUAACAAGACAAAUCUUUCAAAUAUUACAUCAUUGGAAAUUGGUUUGGUUAAAUUGAAAGAUUUGGAAUUAAUUUCACAAAUGACAAAUCUCAAAGACUUGUCAAUGAAACUUGGAAACAUUUCAUCUUUUAAAAGUGUGAAAUUUCCCAAAUCAUUACAAAGUUUAGUACUUGAGGAUUGUAAUUUCCUGACUGGUAUGGAGAAUGAACACUUUUUUGACAGCUUUGGAUCUUGUCCAUUCUUGGAAAUUAUUAAUUUUACAAAAUGUCCACUUUUACAAGAUUCAUUUGUGAGAAAGCUCAGUAAAUGGAUUGAAAAUAGCUUGGAUUGUAAACAGAUUAUGUUUAACCAAUGUGAUGGUUUGACUAAUGAUUCAGUUUUCUAUUUCAAAGAUUUGAAAAAUUGCAAAUACGUACAUUUUUAUGAAUGUAGAGAAUUAUACUUUACAAUGGAGAUUUCAAAUCUUUUGAUGCGUAAUACUUUUAUAGAAGUAGAAACAGCAUGUAUUGUACCAAAAAGAUUCUUUGAUAGGCUAAACAAUACCGAAUCGUAUAUCAUUCAUGAAGAAGAAAUUGUAAAUUCUCUAGAAAAUUUCGAAAAUAUGAUUCGAAAAUUAUUGGAAUUAAGGCAAUUUCAAAAGGCAUCUCUUUACUUGCAAGCAAACAUGUUUGAGAAUUGUAGUGAAGAAUCAGGAAAUCACAAGAAAUUACAUCAGUUGCUUCAAGAUAAGUCUACAUUAUUCGAAACCAAAUGGUUUUUCUAUUAUUCCUUUUUAAAGUGUCAUGUUGAAAACAUCACUUUUACAACCUAUGCAGAUGUUGAAUUUAUAUAUAAUCAAGCAAUUGAAUUAAUUUUCACCCAAACUAACCAAAAUGAAGAAUUUAUUGAAGAUUUAAAGAUUUUACUUGUUGAACUGUUUGAGACAGGUAAAGAGUUUGAAUGUAUGAUGAAUAACAAGUCAUUGGAAUAUAUUACAACAUAUCUGUAUGAAAAAAGAGAUUUUGACAAGUUAUUGAAAUGUGCUUUAACAGAAGAAAGUGCAUUAGAGUUGGUUAAUCAAAUAACAGAGAAAGAUUGCUUCCAAUUGACCAGUUUGAACAACUUGUUGGAGUUAAAUGAGGAUUUUCUUGAUAAUAUCAUUGAAAAGAGGUCACUUUUCAAAAAUUCUCCUUCAUUUACUGAAAAGAUGAGGGACAGAGGAAUUGAAAUGGAUGAAAAUGAUUCAGAACUAUUGGAAAUCAAUCAAAGAGUUCCUGAAAGAUUCAGGAAUUCUUAUUUGACAGAAUUGACUGUCACCAUGAGUGAAAAGAACGAUUUUACAGAUGGGGAAUCAGAAGCAUUUAAUGCAUUUGGUUUCAGAUGGAAUUUAAAAGUUCAGGAAGAAGGUGAUCGGUUAUUGAUUGAUAUUAACUUACUCUCCUGUAUUCCCCUCAAUAGGAAAUUUGAUUCUUAUGAAAAUAUUAAUGGAAAUGAUGGAGAUUCUAUUGAAAUUUCAUUCAUGUUACUGAAUUAUGAUAAUAAUCCUUAUUCUUACAUGAGUGGAAGAAAAAUAUUCGAUCAAUCUUCAAUGCAACAUACCUUUGAAAUUUCCACUACUUUGAUUGAGGAGUUCUCUGAAAAUAAUUUCAAAUUUCUAAUUGGAUUGGGCUUGAUAUCGAUUAAGGAGAGAAUAACAUGUCCAUUCACAUCCACUCAAUUUGUAAUUCAUAAUUUGUCAUUUGACAUUGCUUCUGAUUUGAAGGAUUGCUAUUUGGAUGAAAUUAUUCUUUAUUCGGCUCCAAUUACGAUAUUUGGAACUAAUUGGAAUGUGAAAUUCGUACAGAAAUUAGAAAGUGGAAUAAUUGAACUUUAUUUAAUGUUGGCCUCACUUGAUCUAUUUGAUGACAAGGCAGCCAUUCAUGCUUGUUGUGUGGAAUUUUAUUUUGCCAAUAAGAAUCUUCAUCCAGAUUCCACUUUUGGUAUGAAAAGAAGUUUCAAUUCUCAGAAUACACCUUAUGGUGGUCCAAUUGAGCAUCAAGAAUUAUUAAAACCUGAAAAGAGAGUAAAUCUCAAUGGUGAAUUGGUUGAUAGAUAUGAAAUUUCGCUCAUUAUGAAUGUUAAGAGUAUUAGUAAGAAACACUAUUCGAAAUUAUACUAA